UUGCUACACCGUUAUCAUUCCCCGAAAAUGGCGACUUUAGCAGCUGCUGCUGUUGUUGCUGCCGCUGGCAGAGAUCCCGCUGUUGACCGUUCAUUGCGCUCUGUAUUUGUGGGAAACAUUCCAUAUGAGGCCACAGAGGAGCAACUGAAAGACAUUUUUUCAGAAGUUGGUCUCGUUGUCAGCUUUAGGUUGGUGUAUGAUAGGGAGACAGGCAAGCCGAAGGGAUAUGGCUUCUGUGAGUAUCAGGACCAGGAGACGGCCCUCAGUGCCAUGCGGAACCUGAACGGAAGAGAGUUCAGCGGCCGAGCUCUCCGUGUCGACAAUGCUGCUAGUGAAAAAAACAAAGAGGAGCUCAAGAGUUUGGGGACAGGAGCCCCCAUUAUUGAGUCUCCCUACGGGGACAACAUCAUGCCAGACGAGGCUCCGGAGUCUAUUAGCAGAGCUGUGGCCAGUUUGCCCCCAGAGCAGAUGUUUGAGCUCAUGAAACAGAUGAAGCUGUGUGUGCAAAACAGUCCCCAGGAGGCCAGGAACAUGCUGUUGCAGAACCCCCAACUGGCCUUUGCUUUGCUGCAGGCCCAGGUUGUCAUGAGGAUCGUAGACCCUGAGAUUGCCCUGAAAAUGCUUCACCGUCAAACCCCAGUGCAGCCAUUGGUUCCCAACAGUCAAGCUGGGCCAGUGCCAGUGGCAAACCAGCCUAUUCCCCCGGCCAAUGCUCCAGUCUCCCAGUCACAGCCCAUGCCGGGCAUGCACAUGAACGGAGCUCCUCAGAUGAUGCAGCCCCCUCCCAUGGGUGGGGGACCUGGGCCCAUGCCAGGACAGGGACCUGUGGGACCACCAGGAAACCUCCAGCACUCACCCGUAGGAUCAUCUGGGCAGGCUGCUAUCGAGCGACCUCAAGGACCAGGUGGUAUCCCUCCCAGAGGUCUGCUUGGCGAUGGCCCCAACGACCCCAGAGGAGGAACCCUGCUCUCUGUCACAGGAGAGGUCAUCGAACCCAGUCGAGGAGGAGGCUUCAUUGGGGCCCCCCCACCACACCAGGGGCCCCCCAUGCACAUGAACCAGAUGGCUGGCGGGCCUCCUCUGGACAUGAGGCCACCCCAUGACAUGAGGGGACCCCCCAUGGGUGAACCCAGGGGCAUGAUGGGAGAGCCCCGGGGACCCCCCAUGGGUGAACCCAGGGGCAUGAUGGGAGAGCCCCGGGGACCCCCCAUGGGUGAACCCAGGGGCAUGAUGGGAGAGCCCCGGGGUCCCCCCAUGGGUGAACCCAGGGGCAUGAUGGGAGAGCCCCGGGGUCCCCCCAUGGGUGAACCCAGGGGCAUGAUGGGAGAGCCGCGGGGACCCCCCAUGGGUGAACCCAGGGGCAUGAUGGGAGAGCCCCGGGGACCCCCCAUGAUGGAGCAACGGGGACCCCCCAUGAUGGAGCCCAGGGGACCCCCCAUGGAGAACAGAGGUCGGGACCCCCGAGCGGUGGACCCCCGUGGACCAGUGUCGGGCCAGAGGGUGCCCACUGCACAAGGAAUGCAGGGCCCCCCCCCUCACACCAUGAAUACUAAUGCCCCUCCACCUGCCAGACCGGGUCCUGGUGUACCACAGUCCGGAGGUAGCUUCAGCCCAGGGCAAAGCCAGGUGACCUCACAGGACCAUGAGAAGGCCGCCUUGAUCAUGCAGGUGCUGCAGCUGACCCCAGAACAGAUCGCCAUGCUGCCCCCAGAACAGAGGCAGAGCAUCCUCGUCCUCAAAGAGCAGAUCCUGAAGACCACCGGGGCACCCUGAAUAACCCCACCCACACACCCACACCCAUAGGCUCAAGGUAACACAUGGGGUUUGUUCGCAAAGAUGGAACGUUGCAGAACGUUCAGAUGGAACUGUAUGAUGUAGAACAUAUAUGAUAGACGGGCAUUGUGGCAUCGCCAAUCGUUGUAUUUCUUUCUGAACUAUUCAACAUCACUGAAUAUACCAUUGGGUUCUCAAGUAAGAUAAUUCCCCCUUUCCAUGACGAGUGAUGUGAGAUUCCAUUUUCCUUGAUUAAGCGUUCUGUCUUCUCAGUGGCGAUGUCAGCAUGUUUUGCGUUGUGGCUCAGUUGUGGAACACCCUCUAAUUAAUCUACACAUGAUCUCCCUGGAGAAUACUGACCCUUCCUGGUUGUGUUUUCAAGACUGUCACAGGACCCCGACACCCCUGUCCCCCUGUAACCUCGCCGUUGGAUUGAUCAGAAGACGGCACCUCACUUCAAACAUUUUGUAGAUUGUUUUGUAUUAUAUGGUCUUUUUUUAAUGGAAGUUUGAAGUGUUAGUGAUUUGAAAAAUGUCUGUUAUUCUUUUGAAGGGGAACACUUCAUAGUCAGUUCAACUGAGAGAAGCGUUGCUGGAUGUUACCUGAUGCCCAACCCUUUUCAUUUUGUGGCUGGAACCUGUUGCCUGUCUGGAUAUUUGUUCAAUUAAAUAAACUUUUCAAAAGAUACUGUU